CCGCGCCGGGGCAAGGAUUAUUGUAGUUGAUACAACUCAGCCGCCCUGUCCAUUGAUUUGGCUUCCUGCUGCUUGCUUUGUUUGCCGCUGUUGUCUCCCAACCCAACCGUUCCGUGUAGAUCGCGCUCACGACGCCGUCGAUCAUGCCGUGGAUGCAGAGCGCGCCCCACGGCCGCCGGCCGAGCCGAGCCAAGCUUGCAUCUGGGGCGGUGAGGCUGCUGGACCGGCUGAAACUGCCGGCGAGGACGGCGCUGCUGCUCUGGGUGCUGGGCUGGUCGCUCUUCUCCUUGUGGAUCCUCUCCUCCAUGAGGUCCCAGGCCGUCGAGACGCGCCGCGAGGCGCUCGCCAACAUGUGCGAGGAGCGCGCGCGGCUGGUCGAGGACAAGGUCAAGGCCAGUAUGACCCACCUCCAGGCGCUGGCCAUCCUUGUCUCCACCUUCCACCACUCCAAGAGCCCAUCCGCCAUGGACCAGCAGACCUUCGCGAGGUACGUCGAGCGCACGGAGACGCUGACGAGCGGGCUGGCGUACGCCGCGCGGGUGAUGCACGCCGAGCGGGAGCUGUUCGAGCGGCAGCAGGCAUGGAGCAUCAAGCAGACGUACACCUCCAAGUACUCCUCCGGUCCGGCCUCCGCCGGUCCGGCGGAGGAGUACGCCCCCGUCAUCUUCGCGCAGGACGCCUACAAGCAUGUCGUCUCCUUCGACAUGCUCACGGGGAACGAAGACAAAGAGAAUGUACUGCGGGCUAGAGAAUCAGGCAAGGUUGUUCUGACUGCUCCUUUCAAGCUGCUCAAUAAUCGCAUCGGAGUGAUCCUGACGUAUGCAGCGUACAAGUCUGAGCUUCGCCCAAAUGCGACGGAGCUGCAUCGCGUGCAGUCUGCUAUAGGCUACUUGGGCGGCAUAUUUGACAUAGAAACACAUGUUGAUAGCCUGCUUCACCAGCUUGCAGGCAAACAGUCCAUCAUGGUGAGCUUGUACGAUACUACCAGCAGUGAGAGCCCGAUUCGUAUAUACGGUGGUGCAAAUGAAACUACUGGCACUACUGACAUGAUCCACAUCAGCAGCCUGGACUUCGGUGAUCCAUUGAGGAAGCAUCAGAUGCAUUGCUGGUUCUUGCAAAGGCCGCCUUUGCCAUGGCCUGCAAUAGCAUCAUCGGUCGGAACUCUUGUGGUUUCUUUACUUAUUGGAUACAGCAUGAUGAUUCAUUUUACUGACAGUGACAAACGGACUGCCAAAGUUAUCCAGGCAGCACAUGAACAGAACUGCCUGAAAAGUCAAAAGGAUAGCUAUCUUUCCAGACCGUACAGAGAAGGUGCUCCUUUCUUCCAGAAAGGAAGCCCCAGAAAUGGCGAUCCAGAAUUCCAGAUGAGGAGCUCGAUGGGAAUGUGGACCAGAAGGAGAUGGAGGGGUUGCAUAGGAGUGUGGAGCUGCAGGACAAGACCGAGGGGAAUCUGGAGGAGCGGGACAGAGGUUAAGGAAUUACUAACAAAAGAUGCUAGGAUUCAGUGUUUAUCUUCUCGGUUUGGCAACUUGAGCAUAAAGUUAGGGAGCAUUAGCCUUCUCGGAUUGGUGCUCUGCAUUCUUAUCAUUGGUGCUUUUCACCAGCCAUUUAAUCAGGGUUUGGGCAAGAGAAGGGGGGAUCGUAACAUAACGCUUAAAAUUUUUGGUUGGUCGCGUCGUAGGUUGUUGGUUUCUACGCUCCAUGGUAACACUGAUGUUAAGGCUAGAAAAUAUCAGGAAGAGACUACUCAGAUACAAAACGGAACAGUCAGGCCUCAUCUGCCAGCACACAAGUCAAACAUAACAACGGUAGGCCCCUGGAUUGCUUUAGUUUCAGUCAUCAUGCUUGUACUUGGUAUUGCUAUAUGGCUUCUGCUGCGGUGCAACCGUCGGAAGAGAGCGCAACAAAACGAGCUGGAUCUCUUGGGAGGAAUAAUGGGGCCUAGACGAUUCCAGCUACAUGAGCUGGUGGCUGCGACGGGCAACUUUGCAGAUGAGAAGAAGCUCGGGCGAGGAGGGUUUGGCCAUGUGUACAAAGGCUACUUGAGGGACCAGGACCUUCAUGUGGCCAUCAAGGUGUUGUGUAAAAAGCAAUCUUCUCAAGAACAGUCUGAGCAAGGGUUGAGGGAGUUCAAGGCAGAGGUGAAGGUCAUGGCCCAGCUGAGGCACAGAAACAUUGUCAAGCUUGUGGGUUGGUGCGACAGCAAGAAACGGCUCCUGCUCGUUUAUGAACUUAUGGCUCAAGGCAGCCUUGACAAUCAUCUCUACGACCCAGAGAAAAUUUUAACUUGGCAACAAAGGUUCAAGAUUGUGCUUGAUCUUUGCUCUGGUUUGCUCUACCUCCACCGUGACUGCGAGAAAUGCAUUGUGCACGGAGACAUCAAGCCUGCAAAUGUCAUGCUCGAUGCGUCGCACAACGCGAAGCUCGGUGACUUCGGGCUGGCAAGGCUCGUGGAGCACGGGGGAGAGCCGCAGACAACACAGGUGGUCGCGGGGACACCCGGAUACAUCGACCCGGAGUUCGUCAACAACCGCUGGCCUCGCACCGAGCUGGACGUGUACAGCUUUGGCGUCGUCCUCCUGGAGAUCGCCUGCGGCAAGCGGCCGGCGUCGAGGCAGCCGGACGGAGCCUCAUCGCUGCUAGCCUUUGUCCACGGCUUGUACGACCAUGGCAUGGCUCUUGAUGCUGCAGAUCGGAGGCUGAACGGCGAGUUCGAUCGGCGGCAGAUGGAGCGCGUGAUCGUUACGGGCCUCUGGUGCGCGCACCAAGACCCGACGCUGCGGCCGUCCAUGGCGCAAGCCAUGGAUGUUCUGCGAUCUGCGGAUGCGGAGUUGCCGGUAAUUCCGGCAGGGCACGACGCACGGCACAUUCGCUCCUUGGAGGAACAGGCUUAUGGUGACCUACUGCCGGUUGGGGAUGGUUCUGUGCGUGGAGUCACCCCAAGUGCGUAUUUUACUUCCAAGGAUUCAGUUUAUCUACUUGCAGAAGAAUGAGGAACUAACUCUUUCUUGUGAACAGCAAGAUUGUAUAUGUUCUCAACGGGGCUGCUUCUCUUAUAUUCUCUGCUAGCCUGGGUCCACGUACGGCUUGUAUAUGAAAUAUUUUUGUAUUUUCUUCGGACUUUGUUGUAGUAUUUUUCAAGGAAAAAAAUUGCAUUCUGUAUUGUGUGUAUAUUUAGUAUGUAUACUCUCCAACUAGGAAGACCACCCGCGCAUUUGCGCUGCUA